AUGCUCUUGAAGAACGUCCUGGCGACUAUAGACAUGGACAUCAUCGGGUCGUUCCUCAACGUCAUGCAAGAUCUGGUGACAGUCCCUAGAGUCACGUCUCUGUACAAGAACGGUCCAGAGCCUUUCUGUGGCGUGGCGUUAAGGCGCAUCACCCAAUCCAUAAGAAAUUGGACUAAGAAAACGUCCCAAGAAUGGUGGAACAGUCAGUCACAUCAAAGACAGGCAAAAGAGUUUAUUCAAGAGCGAAAACCUGCAUUUACAGAGGUCCUACUUGGAUUUAAUAGGAAGGUUAUAAGGGCUAUGGAAGCAAAAGGUGUGCUAGGAAAAGAUGGUAAAAAUAGAAUCACUGACUAUUUUAUACAGGGCUUUAUACAAGUUAUACGUUUUACAACUUCCUCAAUCUUGAGAUAUCCAAAAGAUAAGAAUUCAUUCAUACCAAUUCCAUCAACGCUUCAGGUGUUUAGGUACGUUGUACCACAAAGUCAAAUAUGA